UCUGUCACUUUCUCUCUUUGUCCCUCAUCUCCCCACACUAUCCCUCUAUUUCACUGCCAUGAAUGGCUCUAACCCGCAUCAAUUUCGCUCCUCUCUUCCGCUCUCCUUUUUCCUCUACUCCCUCUCUUCCCUCAGCCUUUCUAUCUCACUGCCCUCCUCUCUAAGACUUCCCAUUCUGCCUCCCGACCCUCUCUAACCCACUUUCUCUCUUUCCACAUUCUCUCGCUCAGAGUGCAAGUUCACAGGACUGAAAUUUCAUCGGGCCGUCUGCACCGUUUCCACGAAAAGCGAGGCUAACUGGACAUCCUCCACUCGCUUGCUCUCCUCCCUCUCUACUUCGCCCCUCCCUUUCCGUUUCUCUAUGUAUCUUUCUCUUGCUUUUCCCCGUUAGCUCGCCCUCGCUUUUCUCACUCUCACCCCUAAUUUCUCUGCGAAUCCACCCUCUCUAUUUCUAAACCUCACUCCCUAUUCUUUCCCACUACUCGCCCACCCUUCUUUCAUUCCGCUAGUACUUUCUGACCCCUGUAUCCCACUCCUCUCUUUCUGCGAAGCCCGAACCUGCCCCUCACUCUACCGUUGCUCUUUAACUCCACACUCGCUCGACUCUCUCCCGCGUCCUUGCCGCUCACAUCGCUCCAUACCACCCCCUCACACCCGUAAUCUCACUCCUGACUGGCGCUUCCCACGCCUGCUCUCGGCUCAGUACUUUAUCAGCUGCUGUCCUGGUGUUUGUUUGUGCGGUCUGAACCCCGUGUCAACACGGGCUUCCUCUGACAACGGUUACUUCCUCUCGCUGAGCUCAGAGACGCAGAGGAUCCUCGACAGGAUGGACGACAGCGAGACUUACAUGAAUGUGCAGCUCUUAAAUACGGACUCAUCGUCUCCAUCGAGAGACGGGCUGAACCCCACCUACUCAUUGCUGAACUUUCCGAAUGACGAGCAUCUCAUGGAAGCAUAUGAAGAUCCUCCCAUUGCCUCGGGAGCCGCCGAAAUGCCAGUGACUGCACAGGCAGACGGACUGAACUCCACCUACUCAGUGCUGCACCUUCCAAAAGAAGAACAUCUCAGUGAAGUGUACGAAGAUCCUCCCAUUUCCUCGGGACCCGCGGAAAUGUCAGUGGCUGCACAGGCAGGUCCGGAUAAACAGGAGCCGAACGAGAACAUCGGAAAUAGUCCGGACCGUAAGAUCUGCCUACUCUGCCUAGUUACGUUUUUCCUCAUCGCGACAGUUGUGGGGCUCUCGAUCCAUGUGUCACAGAUUCGUCAGUCUCUUAAACGAAUGAACAGCGAACUCCGUCACAAGUUCACUGAGAUGGAAACGAAGUACAGAUCUGUCAACGAAACCAAGGCUCAAAUCUGUGAAUUAUUGACCAGCAGAAGAGAGCAAGAGUGUCCCCAGUCCUGGAUCAGAAAUGCAGGCGGCUGUUAUUUUAUAACCACGUUGAAAUUGUCCUACGAUAAAGCGAGGCAGUAUUGCUGGGACCUUGAUUCUAAACUUCUUGAAAUAAAUUCUGCAGAAGAAGCGAACUUUGUUUACAAAGCUGUCCGGGACCAAGGCCGUUCAUACUGGAUUGGAAAAUGCAAAGACGGGAAAUUCGCUUCGAAUGUCCUGUACCGGAUGAACGGUUCAGACCCCGAGUGCAGUGUAUGUGCACAUAACUCUGAGUUUAAACCUUGUGAUCAGGUUCAAGCACGCUUCAUCUGUGAGAUAUCCAGAUAUUUGUGUCCGGAUAUUUAUGAAAUGAUAAAGGCUCAUUGUCAGCUACCAGAGGGACCGACUUGAAUAUAAUGAUAAAACCCUGUUUCUCCUCCAGUUCGCUUAACAACUUGCACUGCCCAUUCCGCGCCGCUGCCUCUCACCCAUACCGAAUUCUCCACUUUCCUUCUAUCGCAAUGUUACUCUCCAUCUUGCCCUCUCUUUACCCUCGUCCCUCAAAAGUGUCGCUCUCAUCCUUCUCAACUCCCCACUCCUGUGUUUCAUCCCCAUUUUCCUCACCGCGCUUUCUUGCUUCCAUUUACCACAAUUUCCCGUUCUGUUCCCGGUCUCUCCCGCGAUUCUCUACUCUGUCUCUACCCAAUCUCCCCAUCCCACGGUAUCCCUUUUAUCUAACCCAACUGGCUUCCCGCUUCUUUCUUUAGUU